AUGCGAGAGAGAUUUUACUGGCAUACUCCCAAGAAGGAUGUAUGGGAAAAAAACUCCGUCAUGGCAUGUGCCUCAUAUUUAACUAAAUUGGAUUGGAAUUAUAAAACCAGUGCAGAAGAGCAAAAACAGCUACAAUUUUAUUCCACUCUAUGCGAUUAUAAACCUGCCUUAGGUAGUUGGUCUCUUUGCAUAUAUGGAAUGUUAAAUGACAAAGGCAUGAAUCCAAAUAAUAGUACGUUUGAGAAAUGUUUAGAAUCUUUGCAAGGUUUAUGUUCAUUAUCGAAUUCUACUACUGCCAAUCUGACAAUAGGUCAAUAUCAUAAUGUCUUGAACAAUGCUACACGUUUUGCAAUACCCGAACCUACUGACAGUACUAGGCCCAUCGAGUACCCCGUGGCAAUGAACCAGACUUUCAGAUCAAGAUAUGGAGAAGCUUUCCAUACUCAUGCAUAUAACCUUGAUAUAAGUAACUAUUAUGGGCUUCUUCUCUGUUCAUACUUCCUAUUUGUAUUAUUAGUAGCAAGCUGUUUCCAAUAUUGGGAUCGUACAGGAUUCAACGCCGUCUUAUUUAAACAUAAAUUCUUCAAUUACAUUAGGGGCCAUUUCCUUCUACCCACACUACUCAAGAAUCAUGCAAACUAUACUAAUUUCAAAUCCAUUACCCUUGGACUAUUUCCAACAAGAUUGGAAACCGCCUACUUAUUCGGAUACCAAUUGACACAUCUCAUAUUUAUAUGUAUAGAUUAUAAUUAUGACCCCUAUAAUUUGCUAUUCAAAUCAAAAUCAUUACAAAGAAUACGUUUCUUUGCCGAUAGAACAGGAAUAAUGGCAUUUGCACAACUCCCAUUAAUCAUUUUGUUUAGUACAAGAAACAAUAUAUUUGAAUAUUUCACAGGUUUCAAAUAUUCCACUUUCAUAAUGUUCCAUAAAUGGAUCGGUAGAACAAUGGUCCUUGAUCUAAUAUUACAUGCCUUUGCAUAUACCAUAUAUGCAGUAAACUAUAAGAACUUGAGUCACUCGAGUAAACAAUCGUAUUUCCAGUUCGGUAUAGUAGCAUGUUUCAUCGCUAUACUAAUGAUAAUAUUAUCUAUAGGUUUAAUUAGGAAAAAUUUCUAUGAAACUUUCCUUUAUUCACAUAUAAUAUUGGCUAUAUUGUUUUUCUAUUCAUGUUGGAAGCAUGUGGAAAAACUUGGUUGGAAAGAAUGGAUUUUCAGCUCAUUAGCUAUUUGGGCCAUGGAAAGAAUAUUCCGUCUAAUACAAUUGUUAAAUUUCGGUGCCCCACUUGCUAAAUUUCAAUUAUACGGCAAGGAUCUCAUUAGAAUAACGAUACCGAAAACUCCCAAGAUGAAUUGGAAUGGUCGACCCGGUCAAUAUGGGUUUCUAUACGUUUUACAUCCUUUGAUCUUUUGGCAAUCACAUCCUUUCACAUUUAUAGAUGCUGAUGACCAUUUAAUUAUCGUUGCAAGAGCUAAAACUGGAGCCACUCAUACCAUUUUCAAACAAUUGGUCAAACAAGGUGGAUCUACACAAUUUCAUGUCUCAAUAGAAGGCCCAUAUGGGACACCAACAAAUUUGCAUCAUUUUACGAAUGUAUUAUUAUUAGCUGGAGGUAGUGGGCUACCGGGACUCCUUGACCAUGCUUCCAUUUUAGCACAAGAUGCAUUGAAAUCAAAUAAAAUUGUAUACAUUACAUUAAUAUUGGUGGUUCGUGGCCAUGAUAUAUUAAAAGCAUUUAAAAAGGAAAUAUUAGCAUUAAAACCAUUGAAAAUUAAUUUAAUUAUAUAUGAUACUGCCCUACAACUAGCCGGAUUUGGAGAAGCUACACCAAAUUCAGAUUCUACGAAUUCAUUUCAUGAACCAUUGUUACAAUCAACGUCAAAUAUUCUGAAAGAUUUGCAAGGAUCUGCUAUUAUCUAUUAUAAAAGGCCUAAUUUGGAGAAAGUCCUGAGUGAUGCAUGUGAUGAGAAUAAAGGGUUAGCUAUCGUGUGCUGCGGGCCUCCUAGUUUUGUAGAUAUAGUUAGAAAUAAUACUGCAAAACAAGUACUCAAACAUCCUAAUAAGGCAAUUCAAUACUUUGAAGAAUUCCAAUGUUGGUAA